UAUUCUUGGCACACUGUUGACAUGACAUUGCAAUUUGGUCUUGAACAGUGAUACGUCAAUCUAAAUCAUUAAAGUGCAUAAAAAUCGUAAAACGGAACGUUGAAAAAUAAUGUAUGAACCUUUGAUAUUUAUUCGGAUUUCGUUUCUUGGUGAAUUUUAGUGAUGACUUGCUUUAAAUUCAAUGUUGUUUUUCAUGUGUCGGUGACUGGACAAACAACAAAGCAAUAAACCUUAUGUGCACUGAAUAAAACAUGACGUGUUAGAAAUAUUUGUGAAGAGUGAUGUUUUUGUGAAUUAUUAUUAUUUUUAAUACUUCAAAAUGUUAUUGGACGAUGACUAUGAGGGGUUUGUUACGACCCCGGAGAGGAUCAAGGCUCUGGGGUUCAAGCCGCAAAAGGAACUCCUGACUAACCACCUGCUGCCAUACGCUGAUCAGUUAGAUGACGAGUCACAACUAUUCCUUCAACAGGUGAAGACAAACCUGGCCAAAUCAGUUAUGCUGCGGGAGAUGAAACCUGCCUGCGGGGUUUGGUCCUCUCGGUUAAUGAAAUAUAUACGCAUUUAUGGCUUGAAGUUCGGGAAAGAAGACCAUUUAUUGUUUAUAAAGCUUGCCUAUGAGCUUGUUCUCAUUCCGGAUCUAGAGCCAUGCAAAGUCCACAAGUUUGCUACACUGUUCCUUAUGCUCACAAAGAAAAGAUUCCUUAUAUCACCUGAAGAGCUGACACUUCCAUGGCGACCUCUUUAUGAUGUUGGAUUUAGGAUUUUCGAAAAGAGUUCAUCAAGCAUUGGCAUGUACCACUACCACACGCGCAAAAGUGAAAAUUCACGGCCGAGUGUACUCGACAUGGUUCGGAAAUUUAUCUCGGGAAACGGUUUAGCCGGCGCUCUCGAUUUGUUUGGACUUCCGUUACUGGAGGAAACUGAACUACCGACAUCCCUGGAGUCGUCGUAUAUGACAAUGAUAAAAUGUGCGAAACCAUAUUUCCCUGUUGGGGCGACCAAAGAAAUACUAGAGGAGUUGCUGCCACAAAUCUGCCCGUGGUCGUCUAACUCUCAAAUGAUGGGACCUUUUACGACCUUCUUGCCUGUAGGGCUGUAUCCAGAGCACGCGGAGCAGGGCCACUUACUGUGGUUCGAUAAACUGAUGGACUUAUGGGACGUGUGCUAUAACAACCAGUGCGGGAUUUCGGAUGUGAUGAUGCUUUUUGCUGGUCUGGCGAAAAGGAACCCGGGUGCGGUGGACUGGACGCCACACGUGCCCAAAAUGUUCAUGAGAUUCCUACACGCCCUCAGUUUACCCGUCAGCUACAAAGAUAUGCAGUACACCAAGAAUCAUUCGCUAGACAUGAAGGUUGUUGCAUCCUGGAUCGUCUGGACCAUCAAUCCAGAUGGUGUCGUGUUGAAACACUUAAGAUCAUUCCUGGCGGGGGUGGAGAGCUACCUGCAAAGCGCCAACGCUGGCCGGUGGUCAUUUAAACUGAGAGAUCUUCUUAGAAAAUUGGCCAGAGAAUUUCUCAUCAGGGUGCGUCGUGAACGCGAAAAAAAAUUGCAAGAAACAUGGGAGAACAAAACCCCAGAACACUACAAACUUCGAGAUGAGGACAUAACGGAAUUCGUUAAAAUAGUCCUCGAGCCAACCUUACAGGCCGUUUACAGCAGGAACGGUUCACUGGACAUUUCUCUAGCUUUACAGAACUUGUCUACUUUACGACCCGCCAUCGUGAUACCUCCUCUAAUCGAGAGAUUAAGGACAUCGUUGACUUCUUUGACUGAGCCUCACAGGGUCACAGCAGCAAUGACAGCGGUGGCAGCAGUCGCUCGACCAAUGAUCCAAGGAGCCAAUGCAGACUAUCCAGAAGGACCGACACACGUGGUUCCCUUUUUAAUGGCUGUAUUACCAGGCCUCGAUCCAAACGACAUCAAGAAAACUUUAGUCACCCUACAUUUCAUACUCAUUUUUAGCGGAAUGAUACCUUUCAUCGAUUGUAGCACCGCCCACGAGCACCACUCCGAUCUAACUGAAGAGGAGUUACUCGUUUGUGAAUCGACAGCUCAAUUCGAAGAUUUCAUAUUAAUCUUCUUAGACAGGAUCUUUGUUAUUAUAGAGUCGAGCGUUACUGAGCAUGCGCGGUUGGACACAAAAGACCAUGACUGCGUUAGAAGCAAGACAGAUGCUGUCAUGGAAACCGCCAUUUCCUCCGCGGCGACCGCGGUUUUAACUCAAUGCUCCCCCAAAAUAUUUAAAGAAGCUUUGAGGAAGUUCAAAUCGUUCGCGACCGAAACUACGUUCGAGACCAACGUAUCUGGAAGCAUGGUCGGUGUGCUUUUAAAAGUGUUCAGUCGAAUCGAUUCUGAGUCAACUUUGGCUGCGUUUCUCCCCAAACUCAUAGAAGAAUUAACAGAGUUAUUAGCGAAUGACGAGGUCUUAAAAGAAGAGAACCCCCCGCGGGAUCUCUGCUACAGCCUCGUUUUAUUCAAACAGGUCAUAGAGUGUAAUGGCACAGCAUUGCUUAAAUACAUGCCUCAGAUAGUUCCAGUACUAGAUCGCUUAUUGAAACUGCACGCGACUUACGCAUUAGUUCGCGCAGCGGAUGCUCUUGCCCACAUAUUUGUUUCGUUGUCAUAUGUUGAUGUCGUGGAAUGGCGGAGUUCCGCUAAAGACUACGGGAGUGCUCCGGAAAAGUGGUUACCUGUACGCGAGUGGGGAAACGGUUGUUGGAUGCAAGAUGCUAAUUUAAAAUGGCAUGUCCCUAACGCAGACGAAGCGCAAUGCGCGCAGAUGUUGGUGGACAGAUAUGUCAAACAUGAAGUUACACGUCUCCGGCAAUGGUUGAGUGGGGAAAGGGACAUGAGCCGUGAGCGAAGGUUGAAGAGUUACUACAUAUUUAACGCGAUGCUGGCGAGCUGUAACUUCUUUCCACCGGCUAAUGAGAAGCAUCUUCCUAUGAUAGAAUCCCAAGUACCGGCCACAUGCUUGCCCUUCAUAAACGCCGUGCCGCACGAAGUGACGCUAGACGGUGAGAACAUGCGCGUAGCCCUUACGCGUUUGCUGGUGGAUGUUCAAAGACGUCUGCUAGAUGAUAAGACAGACGAUACAAGGGGAUUGGAAACGCUUAUUCAUGUCUGGGAACGAGUUGUAGUCGUAAAGGGUCAUCGGGCGGGUCCCGGGAUAGAGGCUCGGUUACGUUCAUACAAUGCCCUCGAAAGAGCCCUGGACGGUCGUGGAGGCCUCCUUUUAGGAACUGGGUUUGGGAACGGAGGCGACGUAACGGGGUCGGCUAGGUUGCGGAUGUUGGUGGCCGACGCCGCGAGGUUGCAGUUUGAAUCGAGGUCUGACCUUGUAUGCGACGCUGGAAUGACGCCCACCGGCAUUCAAGCCCUUAACUCAUUGUUUGAGCUCUCCAUCAACACUUACAGCUCGGUGCGUAUCCUAGCUCAAAUGCGUCUCUACUGGAUGCUGAGUCACUUUCCGUAUUCUUACCGGGUGCUUGUACCAAAAAUAGUCGAGCUUCUAGCCAAAGGCGGCGAGGGCGAGGAAUGGCACGCGAAACACAAGGGCAUUUUGUUCGUCAUAAUGGGCCCUAAAGUCGGCCCGAUGAUCGCCAAACAAGAUUGGGACGUUGUCAAAGCACUUUGGCCGGCAGUUCUGAAAGCGCCGCUGAGUGAGAAACCUAGCAUACUGAGGCUCGAGCAAGCGUUCAGUGACUGUCUUCACCGUCAAUUCCCAGCGGUUAACACUCGGCUAACGACCCCGGAAAGUGCAGUAAAUGUAGCUAAAAACCUCCUCCGCGAAGAAGAUCUAAAUGACUUUGAAAAUAAUGGCCUAUUGGAAAAAGCAGUGCAGGACGAGAUAGCUACAUCCGAUAGAAUAGAGAGAGUCUAUAAUGAACUUGUGAUGGAAUUGGUUGAGGCUGCUGAGAAGCCUAACAUACAAUGGCGUCGUCUUGAACUGGCAAUGCAGAUGCUGACGUACUGCCCCCUGGUUCAAACCCACUACCCCGCUCGGGCGGUUCGUCUCAUGGUGCGAUCGUUGCUGCACGACGACAUCGCGGUGCGCCGUACCGCGCAAAAGCUGACGAUGUAUGCGCUGAAGCAGAGGAAGAAUAAAAUAAAGAAGAUCGACAUUGAUCCGUAUGAAUUUGCGGGAUUGCCUAGACCUGAGAAACAUAUACCAGGUUACAGGAAGGACCUCGAAUGGGCCAUCUGGUCCGAAGACAAGGAAAUAAAAUCCGACGAAGAGUGGGAUAGGCCGUGGUUGCGUGACUAUACUUUCGGAUUCUUUGCGUGGCCUAAGAAACUGAAGGUUGCGGCACCAACAAGUGAGCAGAAAUAUUCACUAGACACUCCCGCAGAGGAAAUGGAGGAAGGCGAACGCUAUUUGUUUGAGUUCUUCAGUGACGACGCCAACAUCGACCGCCUCACGGGCUUCUUCACUGUCGAGGAGAAGAAGGGCAAAGACAAGUUCAGCGGUAUACGUUUUUCCAUGUUUCGGAUGGCGUUCGCGCAAUUCGGCGAGCGUGUGUAUAGCAGACUGAUGUCGCACGCGGUCCGCUGUGCGGGCGAUACGCAAGAGGCGCCGCAGCGGUUUGCGGCCGAGCUGGCCGCAGCCGCACUGCGUGCGCCGCGGUACUGGCCGAGAAACCGCGCGCUGGCCCUGCAGAAAACCGCUAUGGAAGUCAUUAAAAAAGGGCUCACGUCAGUGACCGCCGAAACAAUGGAAGACUGGGGCACUUGCGUGGCCACUGGAGUGGAGAAGUUAGACCCCAUCCGCGGCAGUGAAGUGUUGAAGAAACUGCUUCAGCUAUGCGCCCCGCCGCCCGCUGUGGGGGACGUUGACCCAGAUCAUCACACCUCAUUCGUAGUUUGCGCGAGGCUUUAUGCCCUACAGGGUGCUCUCGGAUCGAUGACUUGGCGAACGGCCCCACUGGCCGCGGACUUGCUAAAGCGACUGGACGCAGCCAACUUUAUACAGCAUCCCUACCAGAAUGUCCGAGAAACUGUUGGAAGUAUACUGAUGACGAUCUUCGACACGGAGCUGGUAUUCCCUGGAGGCAGUAGCGGUAGGGCGCCUCGCCUUGAGGACUUCAUCGCUGAAAUCAAACCCAGGCUGGAGGCAUUGUACGAUGAAAAUGGAGACAUCGUGAUAAAAACGGCCGCGUCCCUGAUGGGUCCGUGCGCGUCGCAGGACACGUGCGUGUCACCCGCGCCGCCGGUGGUGGCCGGGCCCGCCAUGCCACUCACCGUGAUGCCCGCGAACCCGCACCUGGUGAGGCUGGCCACGGACACCUCCCACGCGGAACACACCCACCAGACGGAGGGUACAACGGACCCGGUGGAGGCGGAGGGCGACGAGACGCGAGUGGACAAACAGCUGGUAGAACGCCUCGACACUGCGCUACGACUGUCCGGCGACGCGGCGCCUGCGCAGCGCCAUCACGCACGCGCCGUUAACCUACUCACCACCGUUCUCCGCGCCUGCAUGGGCGUGAUCGUCCGCGGCGUCAGCGGCAACACAGAGACGCAUUACGAGCUCGUGAGCACGGCAUGCGCUUUGGCCGCACGCGGUCCGCCGCAACCGCACGAAGAACUCCCGCGAGCCGCAGGGGGUUUCCUAGCGAGCUUGGCCCUCGCGAACCACUCCUACAAGGCCUUCGAUAAAGCUUUGGAAGUGCUAGAGUCCCUGGCGGAAGGUCGGUCCUGGUGGGCGCGGUUGGCGUGCUUGGAGUUCGCGCAGCCGCUUUUGUUCUACGGGCUGCCGAUGUUGUGCGCGCAAGCUGACAGAGCGGUGCGCGCGGAGCGUUUCGCACUCAAACUGAUGAGGGACCCUCGGGUUGAGGUCCGACAGGCUGCUGCAAAACUACUAACAGGCCUUAUGCACUGUCGCGCUUUACCUGAUGAGGCAAAAACCUUGAAGGCCCUCACACGAAGUUGUAGGUCCAAGGAGUUGGUCGAACGACAUUGCGGAGUACUCGGUUUAUGUGGCUACUUAUCCUCAAGGCCAUACAGCCUUGGUCCAAGACUUGGUGAUGUUUUGGCGGAAUUGGCGAGGCAUACGAGUGCACCUGAUCCAAUACCCGCUACGAUUAGGACAGCAUUAGCUGAUUUUAGGAGGACCCACCAAGAUGACUGGUCCAAACAUAGAGAGCAGCUUACUGAAGAAGAACUAGAUUUAUUGGCAGAUUUGACGUCACCGCCCUCUUAUUGCGCUUAAACAGCAUUUUAAUAGCAAAGUUAAGGUUACGGAGACUUUUCAUUUUCAUACAAACGUA